GGUGGUGCGGUCAGGGGACAGAAUGGCGGUGCUGGGGUCCUGGGCUUAUAGUACAGGAUUGUGGACUGUCGGGCGCUCGGUGUUCAGAACCGUCAGCCGACCGAGUCUGUGCAGCGCAUGCAGAUACCAAGCCAAACGGUAUUUGUUAACAGAAGAUAUCUUAAAGCUUCAUGAUUUUCAGACAAAAAAAUUGACUACUUUGUACCAAAUUCAUGGAAAAAAAGAUUUGUAUUUUCGAGGCCUGGAAGAAAAGCUACAAAAAAAUGGAAUAAUUCUCAAAGAUGAAUUAAAAACACUGCUUCACCUGUGCCAGACUCCAGCUGAUGUAGAAUUUGCAAAGCAAGUUAUCUACAGGUAUCAUGAAGACAAUAAAAAUGUAAUUUAUGGAGAUUUUAGAUUUGGACCGGUUUUCCUUAGGUUAUGUUAUGAACUUGACCUUGAAGAUACAGCCUUUGCCAUCUUGAAGGAUCAGUCAUUGGGCGGUUUCUUUUCAGAUUGCACAUCAUAUAAUAUAUUGAUGGACAUGCUGUUUACCAAAGGCCAAUAUGAAAGAGCUUCAGAAGUGCUGGUCCAGAUGAGAAACAAUAAAGUGAAAUUUAGCAAAGAAACCUACAUUUUGGCAUUUGCUAUAUGCUACAAAUUGAACAACUUAGAAUCUUGCGAAAUCUGCACAACUCUCCUAGAAGAAAUAGAGAUGAAUGGAGGUCCAAUUCCAAGACAGGCCUUCAGUUUUGCAAUUGCAUUUGCUUUAAAAAGGAAUGAAGUUUCCAAAGCCAAAUCUAUAUUUUCUCAAAUUAUAAACACAGACAGCAAAUUAUGCAACAAUUUAAAUCUGCUCAUUAACUUGCACGAUGAUUUGGUGGAAGACGCCCUGUACUUGCUGGAGGCUGCAACAGAAAAUAUUGGUUCCAGGUUUGUGAAGAAGCCUGAAUUUUUAGAAGAAGUGAUCGCCUUGAUUGGGAAGAAGGUGCAAAACACAGAACUUCAUGCAAGAUUUAAUCUGAUCUAUACCAAGCUUCAAAACUCACAACAGAUCACCACAUUGACCUUGGAUGAGCUAUUGUGUUUUACCCCUCAUGAACACAAGCAUAGCUUAAAUUCUAUGAACAGAAAGAAAAUCAACCACAGGACAUUUAGAUCCCUGCAGUCUUCUCUUUUGUUAGAAUAGCGUCACGUUUUGAAAAUGAAAAUAUUCGUAUUCUUAUUUUGCCAACUUGAAUGUUUUUCCUACAAGUUCUGACGCAAUGUGUGUGCGUACGUAAUAGAAGAACUUGUUUAACGAAACAGAACUCUUGUCUGGGCUACAAGCUGCGAUACUAGAAGAUUGUGCGCAAAAUUACCAUAACUAAAUUCUUCUAAUUGUAAAGGUACAGUCUACCCAAAAAAAUAUAUUGUUUAAAAAGAUAGAUAAUCCCUUUUAUUAUUACGCAUUCCCCAGUUUUGCACAACCAACACGGUUAUAAUAAUAUACUUUUUACCUCUGUGAUUACAUUGUAUCUAAGCCUCUGCAGACUGUCCUCUUAUCUCAGUGUUUUUUUUACAAACUUGCAUUUUAGCCAAUUAGUGCUGCUUCAAAAAUAACUCUACAGCUUCAGCACAAUGUUAAUUAUGGUACACAUGAACAUGCACUGGCAGUGAAAAUCUGAUAAAAUGCACUUAGAUAAGAAGUGAUCUGCAGGGGUUAGAAGCAGACAUAAAUGAUAGGUUUAAUGGUUAUAAAGUAUAUUAAUAUAACAAUUUUGGUUGUGCAAAACUAGGGAAUGGGUAGUAAAGGAGUUAUCUAUCUUUUUAAAAAAUUAACUUUCACAUCUCACAGUACUACUGAGUAAAGUACCGAGUUCAUACAGACUAUUCCAAUUGAGGACUGUUUAACAUAUGAUUUUGGUUAGGGACCUAAAUACAUAUUUAUAAUGGCACUACAUUAAAUUUCACUUUCGUUGGGAAAAAUUAGUAAAAAAAAAUGUAAUAUGCGAAAAAUUAGUAAAAAAAAAUGUAAUAUGCGAGCAAGCCAAAAUCCUAUAAUAGGAUCAAAUAUUAACCACAAACCCAUUGUUACCAUUAUCAAUAUACAGUUAAUAUAAAACAAAAGUGAUGAACAUGGCAAAUGGCCAGAUGCAGAGGAAGUGAGUAAGAUCAACUAUGAUUUUCAGUAUUAAAAAAAUUGUGGUCACAGAAGAAGUGGGAUUUUUUUUUAACACGCUUUAUCAGAAUACAGAAAUGAACAAACUAGUACACUGUGAAACUUUUUUUCUUUCUUCAAUUCUCAACUUUUAUUGAUGUUAUUAAAGUCUUGACAAACCAAAAAUCUGCGUGUUUCAGUUGACAGGUAUUUGUGAAUACAAAUUUAACAUAGAAAAAUAAAAAGAAAAGAAAAGGGCAAUAACAUCUGUCCGUGAUAUGA